AAGCUCCAUAUUGGAGCCGGGCUGACCGGAUGGACAAGAAGCUGCUGGCUGUUCCUGCCGCCAACACAGUCAAGUUUCGCUGCGCCGCGUCAGGAAACCCGCAGCCCACCAUCCACUGGCUGAAGAACGGGAAAGAGUUCAAGGGAGAGCAGAGGAUGGGAGGCAUCAAGCUGAGACACCAGCAGUGGAGUCUGGUGAUGGAGAGCGCCGUGCCGUCAGACCGGGGAAACUACACCUGUGUGGUGCAGAACAAGUACGGCGCCAUCACCCACACCUACCAACUGGAUGUGCUCGAGCGCUCCCCCCACAGACCCAUCCUGCAGGCCGGCCUCCCAGCCAAUCAGUCGGUGGUGGUGGGCAGCAACGUGGAGUUUCACUGUAAGGUGUACAGCGACGCCCAGCCGCACAUCCAGUGGCUCAAACACAUCGAGGUCAACGGCAGCCGCUACGGCACCGACGGCGUUCCCUACGUCAACAUCCUGAAGACGGCCGGUAUUAACACUACAGAUAAGGAGCUAGAGGUUCUCUUCUUGAGCAAUGUGUCUUUUGAGGAUGCUGGCGAGUACACUUGUCUGGCAGGGAACUCUAUCGGCUAUGCUUACCACUCUGCCUGGCUGACGGUGAUUCCAGUUAGCGCUGAAAAGGAGGACUACUACGCAGACAUCCUCAUCUACGUGACGGGCUGCGUGCUCUUCAUCCUCGCCUUGGUCAUCGUCGUGCUUUGCCGCAUGAGGAUGACGACACAGAAGACGCUGCCAACGCCACCCGUGCAGAAACUGUCAAAGUUCCCCCUUAAGAGACAGCAGGUGUCCUUGGAUUCUAACUCCUCCAUGAACUCCAACACCCCGCUGGUGCGGAUCGCCCGCCUCUCCUCCAGCGACGGACCGAUGCUGGCCAACGUCUCGGAGCUGGAGCUGCCCUCCGACCCCAAAUGGGAGUUUCCUCGCACACGGCUGACUCUGGGCAAACCUCUGGGCGAGGGAUGCUUCGGGCAGGUGGUGAUGGCCGAGGCUAUCGGCAUCGACAAAGAGAAGCCCAACAAGCCGCUGGAUGUUGCUGUGAAGAUGCUGAAAGUGCCUCAUCAUGGGUUCUUUAUUCCUUUUCUGUUUUCCUCAGAUGACGCCACGGAUAAAGACUUGUCAGACCUGGUGUCGGAGAUGGAGAUGAUGAAGAUGAUUGGAAAACACAAAAAUAUUAUCAACCUGCUGGGAGCGUGCACACAGGACGGGCCUCUGUACGUCCUGGUGGAGUACGCCUCUAAGGGCAACCUGAGGGAGUACCUGCGGGCGAGGCGGCCGCCGGGCAUGGACUACUCCUUCGACACCUGUAAGAUCCCCGACGAGCAGCUCACCUUCAAAGACCUCGUGUCCUGCGCCUACCAGGUGGCCCGAGGCAUGGAGUAUCUCGCCUCGCAGAAGUGUAUCCACAGAGACUUGGCAGCCAGAAACGUCCUUGUGACAGAGGACAACAUUAUGAAGAUUGCCGACUUCGGUCUCGCCAGAGAUGUGCACAAUAUAGACUACUACAAAAAGACCACAAACGGUCGUCUCCCCGUGAAAUGGAUGGCUCCGGAGGCUCUGUUCGACCGGGUCUACACGCACCAGAGCGAUGUGUGGUCCUAUGGGGUGUUGUUGUGGGAGAUCUUCACUUUGGGAGGCUCGCCGUACCCCGGUAUCCCAGUAGAAGAACUGUUUAAGCUGCUGAAGGAGGGACAUCGCAUGGACAAACCUGCCAACUGCACGCAUGAACUGUACAUGAUCAUGAGGGAGUGCUGGCACGCGGUGCCGUCGCAGAGACCGACCUUCAGACAGCUGGUAGAAGAUCACGACCGGGUUUUAUCCAUGACCUCCACCGACGAGUACCUGGACCUGGCGGUGCCCUUCGAGCAGUACUCGCCCACCUGCCAGGACUCGAACAGCACCUGCUCCUCGGGAGACGACUCGGUGUUCGCCCACGAAGCGCUGCCUGAAGAGCCCUGUCUUCCCAAACAGCUCCCCAGCAACGGGGUGAUAAGGACAUAAAAUCUGAGCUUGGGGAGGGGGUUGGACUUUAACCUCCUCUCACAGUUUGCGAUUAACCUCUCAGUGACUCCUCAAGAUUUGGAAACUCAGCAUGCAAUACUUCCACAGUGCUUCAGCUCUUCGAUUCGUCUUAAACCUUCUUUGACUGAGUUGUCCUCCCCCUCCUCCCCCUCCUCCCUAACAGACUCUUGGAAACAUUGAAGGAUUAUUUUUUGAACCAUGUUCUGAAAUUAUAUUUUUGUACUCGGGCCAGUCUUUUCUUACGGACAAUCUGUUGGGUGAAACCAUUCCGUGCCUACUGGGAUAAAUAAACCUCCUGAGAUUGACUUUUAAAAAUGGAUAUAAGAGGAGGAAGUGAAGGGCAUUGGUCAGUGACUGCUUUGCGAUCCAGUAGGCGAGGACCUUUUUAGAUUUGUAUCCCCUCGUCUGCGCCGAGCCCUCAAAUCGUGAUAAAGGUUUGACAAGAAACCAGCAAAGCCAGAAUCAACUCCACGAUGGGACUCUUUCUUCCCAAGACACAGAAGAGCUCAACAGCAGAGAGGAUCACAUGACCAUAUAACGUGUUUUUCUCAUCAAUCUGUAAAACCUUUUAGCAUCCCGACAAAAGAAAAAAGGUUUUGUGAUAACCAUGAAACAAAUUCCUCAUCAAGCGUGAGGCGAAGUUUCAGGGCCAUUCAGUAAUUAGUCAAAUAAGGUUUGGAGUUUGUUUUUUAUGUAUGUAGAAAAAUGAUUUAUUGUAAAUAUAUAAAUGCAAAUAUGUAUCAUAUUGCUGUUUACAGCCAUGUACUUAAAAGACAAAAAAUUACAUUUUCUUAAAGUAUUGUUUUUAGGAAGCAAUCUAGAAGACACUGUCAUGAAAGGGUAAAACAUUUAAUCAUUUAAAGUGAUACAGAAAAGGUUUAUUUGAAUAAUUAACGUGUAUAUUUGUAAAGAUAUUUAUAGACUUAACAUGUGGUUUCUUAAGUUGGAAAGGUCUAGUUUAGGAUUUUAGUACUGUACGCAAAGAUUUUAUUUCUUCUUUUUUUUGUAACUUAUUUUACAACAGAACUGCAGACUCCUCUGGUUUUAGAUCCAUCUUUGUUAUUAUUUUUCUGGGUAGUUUUUGAAAAGAAAAAAAGAAUGUAUAAGAGAAGGGAAGAUGGUUAUUAGGCGGGAGAGUGAUUCGACCGCCAGAGGAGGACUGGGGAACUGAAGGCUCCCGCUGAAGGGCAGCCGGACGUUUCCGCUGAGUUCAGAUUCUGAUUUGAAAAGUUGACGUUUGCAAUAUCAAGCAACGAUUAGCUCUUGCUGGGCAAGAAAUGGCAGCGCUUCAAGAUAUGUACAGAGAGGCCUUUUAGUACGAAUCAAGUACUUUAAACAUUUUGAACACCCACAACAAUUUGCUGUGAAACAUGAAGGGCCUUCAGAGAACCUCAGCCGCCUUUUAAAGGAAAGAUCCUUCGACUAAUGUUUCAUUUAAUUGUAAUGUCAUUACAUUUGAGAAUUGACACAACUUUAGUUAUAACUGCAUUUCCCAGAAUGAUUUUUAGCCGUUAGUCAAGAAAAUGUUUGAACCUGUGGCAUUUAGAGAAAUUUGAAAACAUGCAAGUUUUACCCACUUUUUUGUAAGAGCCACCAACUACAAAGAAAAUUGACCAUGACAUGGCUCUCCCCGAACCUAAUCUGCAUUAUUGUGCAAUGCAUUCUGGGAUUUUGAGUCCAGUCAGUGGCGCAAACCGUGGUCUGUUCCUUUUUGAGAAUCACACAUAAUUGAUGAUUAUCGCUCCUUCUGAGCCUCAACACCACAUUCUGACAUUGACCUUUAACACACAAGAAUACAUUAUAUGACAAAAAGGACCCAGGAAUUCACCUUCACAAUUAUCUUUUACAGAGUUAAAGCAUUUAUAGAUGGAUAUUUUCUUUUAAAGGUAGCUCUGAAGGCUUCAAACUCUUUUAUUCUAACGGAAAGGUCACAGGGUGGAUUCUAGCAAGCUGCAUGCGGUGUCAAGGUGCCCUUGAGCAUGACACUUGUGGAUUAAAAUAUCAGCUUGAAGGCAGAGGUGUGAAGCUGUUAUGUCCGUUUGUUCGAGAGAGAAAAACCUGCCCAUACGCUUGAGAUUUUAUCGCUGCUCUAUAGUAUUAAUACUGAAAUGAAGGCAUGCUGUGCGACUUACGAGUCAAACAGCAAAAUAUAUAUAUUAUAUAAACAGUAUAUAUAUCAGUUUGUUUACCCCGAAGUAUGUGGUGGAUCCUGAGCUCAGUUUGCAAAAGUGCCAAAUUAGUCUUAAAAGUCUAUUUCUCCGAGUUCAUCAGAUCUGUGAACCGAACGCUGCACUGUGGAAUGUAGGCGGGCGGAGGUUACAUGUGCAGGGAAGGAUUGCCAAAUGGAUAUCUCCCCUUCUUUUGAUGCAGUCGUUUCUCCAGCUGACCCCAAGAAAGUGAAAGGGUUGAAACGUUUACAGAGUCUGAAUUUAGUCACAAAAGGGAAAGCGACGUUUGGAAAAGCAGACAUUUGAAGGGUUCGGAAACACGAUUCACUCGCUGCUAAACGGAAACGGUGUUAACCCUUUACUGUGCAAUGGCCUUAUUCUAGUGUGUGAACUGAAUUUUUGCAGAGACAUUUAUUGUAAUUACCCAACAAGACUGUGUCAGUACUUAAUGAAAUCCCCACCAAUGUUUAAAGUACUUAAAAAUCUGUAUUUAUUUCAAUUCCUACACUGGGAGAUUUUUAAUUUUUAGCACCAAUUUAUGUGAUUUGUCAUUGGUUUAUGCACAAAAACAAGGCCUUUGUGAAGUGAAAGGUUACACCCAGUUAUUGCUAUUUCUGUCUUGAGUGCAGUUUUGGCCCAAAUCUAUGAAGUGCCUGGAAUAAUUUAGCGAACAAAAAGGAGAUUAAUUGAUUUAUUUUGACCAUGUUUUGAUUGUAUAAAUUUGCAAAAUAUAAAAAAAGAUAAAAGAAGCAGUUCUCUCUGGAAGUAUGUAAGUAUUAGCCUUUGAAAGACAAAAAGGCACUUGUGUAAAGGUUGGAUGGAUCUAAUGAAACGCUGUUUUGUUUUAUUUAUUCUUCCAUGCUGGGUAAAAGCUUUCCCUAUGGUGAAAGUAUUUUUUAUUCAUAGCUUUUCAGUGUUUUUUCAUUAAAGAGCCAGAACAUGAUGAUGAGAGUAGUCUUUUUAUCAGAUAUGAUGCCCCCCAUCAGGCUUUGCUCCUGUCUUCAUCUAUCCUUUUAUUUUAUUUUUAUUUGGAUGUCCUCCUUUGCCUUUUCUUUUCAUUCUAUCAAGCUUUCUUUGACUCUGAUACUGACAGCCUCUGUCUCUCUGUUCUUCAUUUUAAAAGGAUGUGUUGUUUUUAACAUUUGUGUUGUUACUGCAAAAGAAAAGCACUGUAUUUUUCAAAAUGCAAUAUAUUCUAUCUUUUAUAAUAGACAAAACCGCAGCCAAGACCUGAAAUUAUGGACUUUCCUCGAGGUCAUUCAAAGCAAUUUUAAAACAAAUGAAACGUUAUCUUAAGCCUUUAAAUGAUGUCCUGGCUUAUGGAUUGUUGCCAUCUUAUUAAAAUCACAAAUCUCCAGUGGCAGCUUUUUACUAGGGAAGAGGGAAAUACAGUUGUAUUUGAAGCGUAGGUUUUUCCGCAUGUAAGACUCUACAUUUACAUAAAUCUGCUUAGAAAACCUGAUAAAAGACGUCCCUCAUGGCUCCAAAAGAAUUGGCUUUUUUUUAAGUUUAAUUAAGUAACACUAUUCUAACGUACAUCCAUGACAAACUAGAACUGAGGCCAAUUUGCCAAAACGUAAAGAAAUAUGAAAUAAAAAUCUUCAAGCGUCCGAUGGCUUUCCCAUGGCAACUAUUCCCAACUGUUGCUAACGAUUGAAAGCCAGUGUUGCUAAGAUACGGGCAAUCAAUUCCAAUCGGAAGCUUUCUAACAUUAGCACUGAUUCACACUAGAUAUUCGUUUUGAUAUAUGAUAUUUCGACACCGAAAUCGGAAAGAAAGAAACACAUACAGUUGUGUUCUUCAAAAUAAAAUAUGUUAGGCUAUAUAUAAACAUUUCCUUUGAGUUAAGUUGAUGCUUAACCAAUUUCUAAAACAGAAAAUGUGGAGGUUUAAUUUUUGAGUCUGGUGCAAACAUGUCAGUAUUGUGUUGCCCAACAGACAGAUGUUAAAAACAACACAUUUAUUUUAUGAGUGAACAUGUUUUCUUUGCUAUUGAAUGACUAAACAGCAUGGCCUCAGCAGGGAGCGACUCUUACUGUAUGUACAGUCACACAUCGGCCUUUACCCACCUGUUGUCUCUACUCUGACUGACUUAUUUAUUCUCUUUCUGCUCAAAAAAAGAAAAAAAUCCGGAUUGAAAAUGAAAUUGGGAGGAGAGGGCUGUUAUCUCGGCUUCGUUUGGUGUCACAGAUAUACACCUUUCCUUCCAGGGAUAUCAAAACUAUUCAUAUUUCACACGUUUUUAUUGAUUUUAUUUGGUUUCACACGGUUUUUCAUCCCAUUUUCAUUUUGUCAUGCCAUUUCUAACCCAACAAUGUUAGUGCAGAUUAAUUUAUAGUUUGAAAUAUGCUUUUACGUUGCUGAUUUAGAGUUUUAUGUAGCUAUUUUUGAAAGAACUAUAGAGAGGAAAUGAUUUUCAUAUACAUUUAUUUCAUUUUGCAAUCCACAUCAGGUUUUGUCAUUUUUGUCCUUUGAUUGUUUUUCCCCCCAACCCCACAUAAUGAAUUGUUCGUCCCUCUGAACUCAUGUUUCUAACAUAGAAAGGUGAAACUAACCAUUUGGCAUUAUGUGAGUUCUUUUAGUUGUUGUAAUUCAUAGCUUCAUGCUUGUUUGUUGCAAUGUACCUGUUUUGAUCAUGAUGAAUGCUCUGUAACAUUCCACCACAACAAACCCUCUGGGGAAACAUCUCCCACUGAGGGAAAAAACUACAAUUUCACAUCUCUCUCUCAGUCUCUCUAUCUCUCUCUGUGCCUGACAAACUAUGCUGUCACAAAGGUUUUCAAUAAACAUGUUAUAAUAG